UCAAAGAAUUUGUAAAUAUCUUAAUAAUAACUUAGAGAUGGAAAGUUUUGCCUUGUGUUUUAUUUGGUACAAUUGAAAAUUACAUGCGAGGCGUUUUCGAUACUAUCGCAUGUAUAACUACAUGCAUGUUACCAUGUGUUACCACCAAGCAGUCUGUUGAUUCUCUUAGCGUCACUUUAAGAAUUUAGUAACCACGGUUUGGAUAAUGUUGAGGGGAAAAGCGAGCAGUAACCUCGGUGCUUGAUACUAGCAAACUCGGCGUAUUCUCUCUCCCAUUCUGCUUUUAAAAUUCUGUGUAUUUCACACAAAGCGUCUUUAAGGUUCCAUUUAACCACUGUGUAUUUUCCUCGUCUGUGGGCUUCUUUGGCUGCUGCGUCAACUGAGGGAUGUUAGCGUGUCCGAGAAUGUAGUGAACCUCUACAGUUCUUAGAUGUUGAUUUUGUUGAAUCUUUUCUCCGAUUUUAUGCCACAUACGGUUAAUAAUUAUUUCUCUGGACGUGGACGUGGUGGCGUCGCUCGUGGAGCCUUUGGUGUUGGCGCCAAUGGACGUGGAGCAUUUGGUGCUGGAGGCGCCAAUGGACGUGGAGCCCGUGGACGCGGGCCCAUUGCGUCCAUCGUCCGUGCCAUGGGGCGCCAAGCUCCACAAGUCGCUGCCCCAGGAGCUGCCCAGGAGUUGCCGCAGAAGCUGCCCCAGAAGCAGAAGCAGAUGCCCCACCGAUUGUACUUGUGCAAUCUGCCCUAUUCAUAACAUAUAAAUAAAAAUCAUAAUAAACAUACAUAAUGAGUAACUUUAA